AUGGUUGUUCGUUCAAAAGGAAGAGCGGCGAAAGAGAUCCAUUCGUCGGUGCUCCUGUUCCCGUUCUCACUCUCGAUGUCCACUGACUACGCAGGUCGCUGGCGUGAUCUUGUACGAAAUGCCUUGCCUGAAUGGUCAAGAGCCUCUCGAAAGACCUACCAAGAUGUCGAGCCGCUCUCAUACCAUGAUCCUCACCCGCUCUCAGGAACUCUCAAGAGAGCGUCUAGUGAUCUACCCCACCCAGCUGCUCGCGCAUCCAAGAGGCCGGUAAUCAAUUGGUCCGCAGGAGAUAGUGAGGGUCUGGAUGUUGUUUCCUCCGUGCCCGCUGUUUCCAAUCAAAUUUGGAAUGAUGCCACGAAAGCGAUCGCGAGUCCUCCAGAACAGGAUAUGGACAUUCUGCACUCUACUGGUAACAGAGUCAACAGCAGUGAAGGUGACGCCGCAAAUGUCAUUGCAUCGCCAUCCGACACACCUGGCGUUCAUCAGCAUGCAUUAAGCCAGGCUUCCGCUGUGGUACAAUGGACAGACUCUCCCAUUCAAUCGGAAACACGUUCAGAGGUCUCUGCAACGUCGAGUGGCAAUCUGUCGGAGAAGUAUACGUGCAGCAAUGAACAGGUGCUAUUUCCUGCCCAGCCUGUGCUCUCAUCGGACGUGCCCGCAUCGUUGACCGUGGUGGAGUGCAAGGAACAACCUGUCUCACUUCUUCCAUCCACGUCCGUCACAUCUCCAAGUGGUAUCAUUUCGGCACCGCCAGCCUUGACCGAGUUAUCAACUUUCGCAGACAACGAUGAAAAUUUGAUUUGGAGCAUAAACAUGCAACUGGGAGACAGUGAUGGGAGUGGCAAUAGCCAGACGGAGGACACGGAGGAUGAGGACGAAGAAGGAGACGAAGAGGAUGAGGAUGGGGAUGAAGGCGAGGAAGAAGACGAAGAGGCCGAGAAUGAAGACGAGGAUGGCGACGAGGAGGAAGAAGACGAAGGGUACGAGGAAGAUGAAGAGGACCAGGAGGAUGAGCAGGACGAAGAGGACGAGGAAGAUGAGGAAGACGAGAAGGACGGGAGGGAGGACCCGAGCAAUGACGAUAGCGACGGCAACAAUGACAAGGUCGUCAUCAUUGGCAAUAACAGCAGCGAUGACGACGAGGACAGUAACAACAGCGACAGUGUUGGCGGUGGUGGUAGCGAUGACCGCAGGGAAUUUUCCAACAGCACUGCUGAAGAAAAGGAGAGUCAGAAUGAUGGCAUGGCCAUCGAUGAAGAAUAUGACCAUGGCUACAUCUCCGAUGAAAUGGAUCUCGAUACCGCAGCAGACGGGGUCGCAUCUGUUGCAGCGGGGAGUGCGCCUCAGAGUGGGACGAACAAGCGUUCGAUUUUCGAAGUCAAUUUUUUGGAAUCUGCUCCACCUGCCAGCUAUCCGGCAACCAUCCCUAGGGGUUAUCCUUAUCUAAAUUUUUGCGUGCUGUCCAUUGAUUCCGUAUUUUAUGUCCUGGAGAAUGAUGCUUUCCGCGAUCUAAGUGUGGGAAAUCAAGGCCUUGCUCAGGAAAUUGCACAUCUCCGCAGGAUUCCGGAGUCUUCUUCAGCGGAAGAUUCUUUCAGCUGCACGCAGAAGAAAUAUCGCGGUAAAGUCGCUCACAGACCCGGUCCCAAACUGAAUGUACAGAGCAAGAUUCGCCUGCACGCUCUCGAAAUGCUUGGCCGUGAAACAAAGCGGAGUCCCAUAUUAGGUGCUUCCGACAAGGAAGUUGCAUUAUUUGAGCGCCACAAACAUCCUGGGCCAUCGAAAGAGUAUUUCCGUCCUCAUUUCAAUGGUACUCCUCGAACACCGUGGAACAGGCGUCUAGCUGAAGUUUUCACGAAUGACUUCAUUUCACUCGGAUGGUCGAAACGCAAGGAUUUUUCUGAGAUAUUUAACAUGUUCUGUACGCAUUUCGAGACCCUUAACAAGCAGUACAAGAGACAGACCCGAAGCGCGAAGAAGCCUAGCCAGGCCGAAGAGGACAAGACUGCUGAGGGGCAUCGGGAUCAGAGGUGUCGGAAUCUGAGGACGAGGCGAUUCGAGGCGAUUGGGCAACACAUCGAUGUUAUCCGGUACAAGGAUCUAUGGAAUACGAUUCCUCCUGGGGCCAUGUCUGGCGAUGAAUCCGAUCAUAGAUCAGGCAAGCUGCGUUACGUGGUUACUAAACUACCGUGGCGGUCAGCGGAGGCCGAACGAUGGCUAUGUACCUUUGACCUCCUGCACCUCAAAACUCGGUUUCACGAUAACGGCAAACCUAAACGAGGAGCCUUCCCUCAUCACCGCAUCAGAGGAUCCUCGAGGAUAGAGCGCAAUGACGACCCGGUGUCCGGUUUGCCUAGGAACUUUUAUGAUGCUACGUGGCUGAGUGAUCAGUCUGAGGACCAUAUACGGGCAUUGGAUAUACAGCCCAGUGUUGACCUCACCCUGUCGCAGGACUGUUUGAGAGAGGCCGCAAGGUUCGCACGCAUAACUAAUCGACGCACGCCACCUCGUCCCAGGGACUAA